GGAAAUGACGCUGACAUAGGAGAGAGCGGCCUGGUUAGAAGCACAGCUGUAUAAUUACGAGCCUGCUCAGCGUCCACGAGACCAGGAACAGACCAGAGUCAGGAGGAGUAACGGCCACAGGAGAGAGACUUAUCUGCGGUGUGAGUGGAAGACUGGGCAGGUGUCUCGACUGCGUCAUUAUCACCUUGACGACUGCAGUGUCGCUGACCAGGGAGAGGAAGAAUACGGGCCUCACAAGUCCUCGCCGUUGCUCAGAGAUCACGGUCACCCAGUGAUGAUCUUUUGCAGUUUGUGGAGAUGGACACCUUUGGCAGUAAGUUACAGCAGAAGGCUCUGCAGCAACCUAAGCAGAAGAAAUCCAAGUCGGCUGAAUUUCUGAUGGGGAAAGAGGAGAGAGCUGCAGUGAUGGGCAUAGAAAACCCAGCCUUCGAUGAAGGAAGAAGUGCCAAGCUUUCCGUUCCUCCAGUUUGGCUGGGGAGAGAUAUUCGAGGUGACAGGCCAGAUAGCACCCUUGCAGCUCACCAAAAAAAAAUGGAGCUGCAAGCCCCUGCCAAAGAAAGAGGAGAUGAACGUGCCCAAAAUUACUUUGACCCAUCAUCGGCACAGCAGAUAGACCCAAGACAUUGCAGGAUGGCUGGGGUCAGCACUGAAGAUGAGCUGGAAUUAACAAUAUUGAAUGCAGAUGAAAACAGACUGUAUCAAAGAAUGGCUGCUUUGCUGGAUGAGAACGACACCCUCAUAGACAUACCUGGUACGCUGCAAGCCUCCAGGGAUGAGGAGGUGUUGGAGGUGAAGACGGGUGAUCCGGUGCUUCAGCGGCGACUGCUGCUCCACGGUGGUGGUCAUGCCUCGGGCUCCAGGCCCUCCCAGGCCCAUACCAUUGCCAAAACCCAGGAUGAAGCUAGUACUGGGCUGGGAGGAGAAGCUGGACUCGAAGCAGGGAGGAUGGUAAUGGGCAGAGAGAGCACUGUAAAAAUGAGGAUAGCUGAGGAGGUGAUCCCCCACUACGCCCAGCAGCUGAGGGAGCGUGUGCAGCCUGACAUGAUCACGCUUGGCAGCCUUUCACUGCAGCAGCAAGUGGCUCAGAAGGAACCACUUGAAGGGGAGAGAGUGGGCAAAGAGAAAGAAGAGACUAAUGGCCGUCUUAACUGGGAAUGUAGCAGUGGAACCAUCGAAAGCCCGUCACUCAGAGCGCUGGGGGAAGGCCAAGAGGAAGCGGUGGCCAAAUUUGACCAGAUGAUAGAGCUCCCAGAAUCCUCCUCUUCAGCAUCACAGCCCAUGUGGCAGGUGAACCAGAGAACAACCCAACAGCCUGUGGAGUUGUAUUUGUGCUGCCUUAGAGCAACCCGAGACAAACUACCCAGGGGCCUCUACAUUGUCAGAGUGGCCCUUAACAGUCGUCUAGGGGGUCCAGCCCUACCUUGGCGCAGUAAGAAAGAGCAGCAACAAUGGAACGUGUCCACUGAGCCGAUCGAGCAUCAGGGCCGCUUCUAUGACACUGACCUGCACAUUAACCAGAACCUGUUCAUGAUCUUACCUGCAGCCUGUGAGAUUGUCCCCUCUAUGGUCCUGAUAUUUCAACUCAUUGCGCUACGAGGAGACGGCAGUCACAUCAGCUCAGUACUGGCUUGGGGGGCAUUUCCUGUUUGUGGCCCAAGCCUCAGUCUGAUUCAGGGCAGGUUUAAAACACCUCUCCUCAGGGGAGAGCCCAACCCACAACUGGACCAGUUUAAAAAAAUUGAAGGCCUCAUCUCUUCUGAUCUAGACCACUGGCUGUGCAAUAUGUACUUUCAGGUAAAGAGGCUCCCAUCUGGAGCAUCUAGGGGGCCAGAGCGUGGCAUCACUGUAUCGAUACCCCCUGCUAACCUGGCUGUCAUGCCCCAACCUGAGGUCCAUCAUGACCAACCCCAGAGCCAACUGCCACUCCAUCCCCAGCUCCCAUCACAGUCACAGCUCUGUCCUCAGCCCAUUCAUCCCCAACCCCAGUUAUACCCCCAACAGCAGCCACACCCGGGCCCCAGCAGCAGAGCAGGAGAGCCCGCUGUGGUAUAUUCUCACCGGGGGUCUCCUCUCCACCUGUCAGCUGAUUCUGCUUGCUCUUCCUCAUCUCUGCCAGGGAAGAAUUCCUCCUCAGGAGCCAUUUCUGGAAAUACAGGAGAGAAGGGUGAUCCAUGCCGGGUGAAAGCAGAGGGUGGGAUUCACUACAAGAAGAAGCCAAUCAAGAAGACAAAUAGCUGCGGCCCCAGCAUGAGCAGCAGCAGCGCACCGCCUCGGCAGGCAGGCAAACAGAAGAUGCAGCCUUCAAUGGAGAACCUCUCCACGGAGGAGAUGGAGGAGUAUACAUUCUCCCUACAAUCAGCACUGACAGGACCUGGCUCCUGCCCCUCACGACUGUCUGACCGAGCCCGCCUGGCCCUCCACAUGCUGUCGUCCGACCUGGGCCUGCCGUUGCUGGGGCAACAACAACAGCCGCAUACUAGCUGGCGUGGCUCUGUUCGGCAGCUCGGCCUCAUUAUGCUGCUGAUGGCUUUGAUGUGGUUUGUGAGGCUCUACCUGCAUUACUGCAGCCAGUGGCUCUACCUCCAGGCCAUAGCAGUUCCUGUCAACAAGUUCCAGUUCCAUGCGCACACAGUGGAGCUUGUAUACCAGAGUUCCUUGCUCCACAUCUGGGAGGAGCUGGCGAUGCUGGUGGUGGGUCCCCUGACCUUGAACGCAUUAACGUUCCUGCUGGUUCUGAUCAGAUGGGGCUGUCAACAGAUAUUUGGCUCACUCCCUUCCUUCACGUCAAAGUUUAUCAUGGCUCAGGGAGUGUGGACAGUCCUCGACCCUCUGGCAGUCUUUGCAGUGGACGCCGUCCUUGGGCGUCUCACCUAUAGCCCUGACACACCAGUGGGUGAUGCAGCUAAACUUUACUGGCACUUCUAUCGAGCUGACCAAUCAGGUGCAGCGGGGGUGAUUAUCACUCUCUUCCUUUAUGCAGUCCUUUUCCUGCUCUCCAUCACCAUCCUCUCCAUUUACCUACUCAGAUUCCACAAUGACGGUCAUAUGCUGGACGUCUUUCAGCGGCUGACAGCCAAGGAGGGGACAUAUUUCCUGCCUCAAGACCUGGAGCUGUCCAAUCAGGAGCUUAGCUACAUUGUCAAGAAGGCAGAGCAGUGGAGAGGAUUCAAUGGGGAGAGGCGCAAGGUGGCUGUUUAUGACUAUAUCUGGACAGCAGAAGACCCCUUGCCAGACUCUGCAGCAUCCAAUAAUGACUCCUUGAGGGAGGGUGCACCCCUACCAGAGGGUGAGACCAGCACACAUGUGGUAAUCUACACCCUGUACCUGAGUGGGCUGAAACAAAGAUACAGACACUUCCUCCGGCAAUCAGAUGGAGCUAUCAUUGAGGUGAUUGGCGACAUGGAGGGGGUGCAUGACGCUUCCCAGGUGGUGCCUUGCCCACGUCAGGCCUCUGUCAAUCAGAGGGAGGACAAGGAAGUUGCAAGUGCUCCACACCAGCUACGGAAACGGAAGAAACUAUUUGGCCGGUCCCAUCGUGUUGAGCCAGUAGGAGGAAGCAGGUGUGACUCCAGUUUUGCACUCCAAGACCUCAACCAAUGACAUAAAAGCAAAGACAAAGAUAGUUGGACCCUAAACUGACGUAAGUCUUCUAAUCAACUGUCAACUGUCAAAAGAUUCUGUAUUCUGAAAAGUGGUUGAGUACUACUUUUUCUAUACUGUAUGUUUAUGUUGUAUUUUAUGGGAACUGUACCCUUCAGUGACUGAAAGAAAACACCUAAUAUAGUCAAAAGGGUGUAUGUUGGAACCCAAAGGUUGACUCAUCGGAAUAACAGCAACCGAAAACAUUGCUGUAAAUUAUUUUGUUCUUGGGUCCUUAAUAAACAUAAAUAGUAUAUGUGAACUGGUUAGCUCUUUGAAAACCUAAUAAACAAUGUUCAGCAACACUUCUAAUGAAUGCAGGUCGUUAGGUGUUCAGUGCUGCCUCAACACAAUGAAAAAUGAAGAUUCUAAAAGUCACUAAUCAGAACACGAGUGAUAAAAUAUCAAUAUUGGCCUCACAUUAAGCA